CUAUUUUGUGACAGUUCCUUGCUAAUAAAUAUGGUAAACGUGGUCUAUCUAGCAGGAGUGGCCGUGGGGGCAACUGUCGGUGGUUUAGCAGCAGACUAUAUUGGUCGCAAGUGGGUAUCUUUCAUCGCAUGUUUGGUACAUGGGGUUGGAGGAUUGGGAGCCGCUUUGUCACCUAAUUACGGGGCUUAUGUUGCAUUCCGUUUCUUCGUAGGCAGCUGUCACGGCAUUCUUAACAAUUCAGUCGUGGUUCUGAGCAUGGAAUUUGUGUCACCAAGGAGACGCAUGGUAUCCGUGUGCACAUUAGCUAUGUCCUGGGGAAUAGGCAUGGUGCUUACAACUCCUGUGUCUUAUCUUAUACGGGACUGGAGAUAUCUACAGUUGACUGUGGCCUUGCCACCAUUCUUAUACCUAGGAUUCUGGCGGCUAAUCCCGGAGUCACCUCGUUGGCUGUUAUCUCGGGGUAGAUACGCAGAAGCUGAGGACAUAGUGAGAUGGGCGGCUAGAGUGAAUAAAAGGGCAAUUCCAGAGGUCGGCCAGUUAUUCGAUGAACACUCUUUAAAAAUGACCCCUUCUUUAAGUCCUCUUAAAAUUCUCCACGCACCAAGACUUAUGGCGAGGACAGCAGUGAUAAUUUGCGGCUGGAUUACAGUUGCAAUUUCGUGGUAUGGUCUUACACUAAAUCAGGGUUCCCUAGAUGGAGAUAUCUUUAUCAAUGCUUUUGUCCUUUCUGUAAUUGACCUCAUAGCCUACGCGUCGUUGUUCAUUGUCAACAAAUUAGGUAGAAGAAAAGCAUACUGUGUCGCCAUGAUGAUCUCUGCUUUGUCCAUGUUGGCUACAAUACCAGUUCAUUUCUUAGCAGACAGAGAAAGUCCUUCAACCAGUGCCGUCUUUACAGCAUUGUACACAAUGGGGAAGUUGGGCGUCAGUAGUAACUUCUGCCUUCUUUUCAUGUGGAAUGGAGAGUUCUAUCCAACAGCCUUACGAAAUUUUGGACUAGGUUUAGGAUGUACAUUCGGCCGUGUUGCGGCAAUCGUAUCACCAAUUGUUAUGGACCAAUUCGGAGAACAUCCCGUUCUUGGUAACACUGUUCCUCUGAUACUGUUUGGGUGUAUGGCAUUGUUCUGUGCUUUGAGUGGUCUAUAUCUCCCUGAAACUGCCCACAAACACCUGCCAGAGACUUUGGAAGAUGCUCAAAACUUUGGAGUUAAACGGAGAAAAAGUGGCAUCAACCAAAACUACGAUGAGAAUACCCCAUCCACAUUUGAAAUGGCUUCUUAA